UGAGUCAACAUGUGAACAGUCGAACCACAGACUAACUUCAGCCCGAGCUCCCUCCUCUCGUCGGUGCGGCAGCGCGGUGAAAUAGGCGCACGAGUGAACCAGCGAUCCACUGAAGCACCGAGCCAGGGACCCAGCUGAGAUGUCGGAAAGCGGGAGCCAGGAAGACACCGGGGCCCCGAACGGCGGCGGGACGACGCGGCCACCUCGACCGUCCGUCGGCAACAAAGUGACCGUGGUGCUCGGGGCGCAGUGGGGCGACGAGGGGAAGGGGAAAGUUGUGGAUCUGCUGGCACAGGACGCGGACAUGGUGUGCAGAUGUCAGGGCGGUAACAACGCAGGACACACGGUGGUGGUUGGCUCAGUGGAGUACGACUUUCACCUCCUCCCCAGCGGCAUCAUCAACCCCAAGGUCACUGCCUUCAUUGGCAACGGUGUUGUGAUCCACCUUCCAGGCCUGUUUGAAGAGGCAGAAAAGAACGAACGCAAAGGGAAAAGUCUAAAAGGCUGGGAGAAAAGGUUGAUCAUCUCAGACAGAGCACACAUUGUGUUUGACUUCCACCAAGCGGUUGAUGGUGUUCAGGAACAGCAGAGACAAGAGCAAGCAGGCAAGAAUCUCGGGACAACAAAGAAGGGGAUUGGUCCAGUCUACUCGGCCAAGGCUGCACGCAGUGGUCUCAGGAUAUGUGACCUGCUGGCUGACUUCACUCAGUUCUCUGAAAGGUAUAAAGUAUUGGCCCGGCAGUACAAGUCUAUGUACCCCACUCUGGAGAUUGACAUAGAAGGAGAGCUGGUCAAAUUAAAGGAUUACGUGGAGGAGAUCAAGCCCAUGGUGAGAGAUGGAGUGCACUACAUGUACGAGGCUCUUCAUGGUCCACCCAAGAAGAUCCUGGUGGAAGGAGCCAACGCAGCGCUGCUGGACAUAGACUUUGGGACGUACCCAUUUGUGACGUCGUCCAACUGCACAGUGGGCGGGGUGUGCACAGGUCUCGGGAUGCCACCUCAGAAUGUCGGGGAGGUUUAUGGUGUGGUCAAGGCGUACACCACCAGAGUGGGCAUCGGAGCGUUCCCCUCAGAGCAGAGCAACGAGGUCGGAGAGCUGCUUCAGACUCGAGGGAAGGAGGUGGGCGUGACCACGGGCAGGAAGAGACGAUGUGGUUGGCUGGAUGUGGUGCUCAUCAAAUAUGCGCACAUGAUUAAUGGCUUCACAGCUAUAGCGCUCACCAAGCUCGACAUACUCGACGUGUUCUCCGAGAUCAAAGUGGGCGUAGCGUACAAAGUCGACAACCAACCUAUACCUCACUUCCCAGCCAAUCAGGAGGUACUGCAGCGUGUGGAGGUCCAGUAUGAGACGCUGCCCGGCUGGAACAGCGACACCUCUGCUGCCAGAAGCUUCGAGGAGCUGCCUGAGAACGCCCAGAAAUAUGUCCACUUUGUUGAGGAGCAUGUGGGAGUGCCUGUGAAAUGGAUCGGAGUGGGCAAGUCUCGGGAGUCCAUGAUCCAGCUGUUCUAGACGGAGGGAGGCCAAACACGAGCGAAGAGGACGCGCUGCAGCGAAUCAACUGUUCCCUUCUUGCCCUAACACCCACACACAGCCUACCUACCUGUCUCAACUCUGCGACAGAGAAACGACCACCACGUCUGUCCUUAACGCUAUACGCCUGCGUAUCAUCGGACUGUCCCACGUUACAGACCGGACCUCUCUGGAUCAGACUCCCCUCCCUGUAAAAGUGGUUCCCCCCGUCUCCAUCUGUGUUUUUAACCGCUGUAAACUUAAGGACAUCAGUUCCACUGUCGGGCCCCCUCUGUAAUUUGUUGCUAUUUAUGUCACAGCCAUUUAUUUUAAGACAUUCACACUCAGCAACACCAGCUGCCCUCAGGUCUGAGAGAGGAGACGUGAGGGACACUCACAGACAGGGAUCACUGCCCGCAGGGCCUGACCACACGUACGUUUGUUCGGUCGAGUCGAAGUGUAUUUCUUUUGAUCUAUGCUGUGGUUUAAAUGCGCUGCGCCAUAUCCGGUGUGAAUCAGUUACUAACUUUCAUUGGGUUUCAACUUCUUAACUCUUCAGAUGCUUUGGACUUUAUCCGCUUCAUGUUUGACUUUGCCAGGUGUACGACACAUCCUGACUUGAUAAAGGGAUCCUUUAAUAUUUUACAUGUGUGUGUUGGUGUUUGUCAAACACUUCGAUUGCCUUGUCGUUCAACCAAAAAGACAGUUAGCCUUUAAAUUUCCUGUAGCUUGUAACUGAAACGUCGCCCAGUGCUGUGGAAGGACUCAUGGACUCAUGUUUCCAUCGAGCAGGACAGAUUUACCAUCACUUUAUCUUAUCUUAUAACAGGAAUUUAAUAAUUUGUACUUUUCAGGACAAUGUUUAUUAAAAGGAAUGAGGAAGACAACUUUUACACAGAAAGAAGAAAAGUGCAAAUUGGACCGAUUGUACUUCAGCCGUCGUUAUAAAACCAGAAAGAUGAUGAUCACGUUGUUGAUCACACAUUGUUCCCCUGUCUGUUAAAUAAUCUAAAUUUGGGCUGAUAUCUUCGCAGCUAUUGUGAAGUUCUUUUCACAGAGUGAGAAAAGUAAGAUGCUGUCAGAGCUUCUCGAUCUCUCCGACUUUCAACCAGCCGGCUGUUGAGUGUCUUUCUGACUCACUCCCUCUUAAUUACAGUCUUAACUAAAUGAUGUGUAGGCGGCAUUACAGUUUGACUGAUAAAGUAUAUUUAUGUUUGGAUUGUUGUGAUGAAGGGAUGCUCCAGUGGUGCAGCACUGAUCUUUUGUUUUAAUGAUCAUAACUCAGGCAGCAGAAUAUAACAGUGUGGGUCAAACAUUUCCCAAAAUGCAACACAAUGCGCUCCUUCAUCAUGCUAUAUUUAAAUGGACAGUAGAGGUGGGAAAGAUUUAAAAAAUAUAUAAAUUAAGAUGGUGGUUGCAGAAUUCUUAAUGAGAGUUUUUAAAAAAUACUAUGAAUUGAUAAUACCACACUAUAGUCAUUGCAUGUUUUCACGAUGUUGCCAGUGGACGUGACGUGAGUUGUGCAUGUUUGGUUUGAUGCAGCGGUAGAAGAGACUCUAAGUUUCAAAAGAUGACAUGAACAUUGACAUGACAUGAAUGUGGCUUUGGAACAGUCGCAGUGGAGAUAUAACUGUUCUCAACUCAUUUCAUAGACAAAGUUUCACAACAUUUAUUUUCCCAAUUUUGGCUUUUUAAUUAAUUCUCUCUAGAUGUGAUUUUAGUUUUGUUUUAAAAUCAGGAGCUUCAAUAAAACAGUUCAGGAAUUUUACAAAUACACAAUUAAGUAUAAACUACAUUAAUAAUAAUCAGCAGUCCCGUUCAUUUCAUACAUCAGUUCCUUAAAUGUGUCUGACGUUUUUCAUCAGGAUCCAUGAAUUACUCUAAAAAACGUAAAAUCUUAAAAUGUUAAAGAAAGUGAUAAAACCAUUCCUGGAUAUUGGAUCUGCACCAACAUGAAAAUGAUUCUUUCCUGAACCAAACUGAAUUCUUCUGCCAAGUUUAGUGGAAAUCUGUCCUGUAGCUUUUGUGUAAUCUUACAAACAAACAUAGAAAAUGACAUAAGGGGUGAAAACACAACCUGCUCGAUGGAGGUGAAGACACAACAAACCUCCCAUUGAUGAAACAAAAGAAAAUCAUUCACAGACUUAGUGAGUUCAUUGAUACGCUGAAGCUCAGGUCUGCCCCCUGGUGGUGGUGAAAAGGGAUGAAAACAGUGACCCUGUAUCUCCUGUGAGGUCACACUGAGGUUCUUACUUUACCUGUGCACACUGCCAACUUUCACCGAAGCUCAUUGACUCCUGCUGUGGCCUCUGGUCCAGAGACUAGAUGAAUGUUUAAGACCGUGUCGGCAAACACUCAACAAAUAAUUCUUCUGUUCUAUAUUCAUCCCUCUUAUGUGCAGUUUUAUUUCCAAACAAUUCAUCCUGAUGUUAUAUGUUGGUGUCUCUGGGAUCUCAAUAAAAAAAGUUCUAUGGGUUUGAACAAA